UGAACAUCGCAUGAAACCGUCGGAGUGAGGGGAACCGGUUGAGAAGAGCAGGAGGCUUGUAUAUUCAAAUACUGUUGGUUGCAGAUUGUAACCGGACCUAACAAGCAAACUGGAAGGGCUCAGCGCAGCGUGGGUGCCCAGGGAUCCACUGCCCGAGUGCGGGGAGAGCAGUGGCCGAGACCCCAAAGACAUGGACCACACCAAGGGUGGCCUGGUCAUCUUCACUGCUAACUCGCACCCCGCCAGCCGAGAGCUGGGAAAGAGGAUUUCAGAGCGGUUAGGGGUGGAGCUUGGCAAGGUGCAGGUGUACCAGGAAACUAACAGAGAAACACGGGUACAGAUCCAGGAGUCGGUGCGAGGCAAAGAUGUCUUUGUGAUCCAGACCGUGUCCAAGGACGUGAACACCACGAUAAUGGAGAUGCUGAUCUUGGUGUACGCGUGCAGGACGUCCUGUGCCAGAAGCAUAACAGGCGUCCUCCCCUACUUCCCCUACAGCAAGCAGUGUAAGAUGAGGAAAAGGGGCUCCAUCGUCUCCAAGCUUAUUGCCUCUAUGAUGUGUAAAGCUGGUCUCACCCAUCUGAUCACCAUGGACCUCCAUCAAAAAGAGAUUCAAGGCUUCUUCAACAUCCCAGUGGACAAUCUGAGAGCCUCACCCUUCCUGCUGCAGUACAUACAGGAAGAGAUCCCCGACUACAGAAAUGCUGUGAUUGUGGCCAAAUCCCCAGCCUCUGCCAAAAGGGCUCAGUCGUUUGCUGAGCGGCUGCGUCUGGGUCUAGCAGUGAUUCACGGUGAAGCUCAGGACGCAGAGUCCGACCAGGUGGACGGGCGACACUCGCCACCCACCGUCAAGACCACCAGAGCCAUUCACCCCAGCAUGGACAUGCCAUUGUUGAUCCCUAAAGAGAAGCCCCCCAUCACUGUGGUCGGAGAUGUAGGAGGACGCAUCGCCAUCAUCGUGGAUGACAUCAUCGAUGACGUCGGCAGUUUUGUAGCAGCAGCGGAGACGCUGAAGGAAAGAGGGGCCUACAAGAUCUACGUCAUGGCAACACACGGCAUCCUCUCCUCCGACGCCCCCCGGUUCAUCGAGGAGUCCGCCAUCGAUGGGGUGGUGGUGACCAACACGAUCCCCCACGAGCUCCAGAAGCUCCAGUGUCCAAAAAUCAAAACCGUCGACAUCAGCAUGAUCCUGUCGGAGGCCAUCCGCCGCAUCCACAACGGAGAGUCCAUGUCCUACCUGUUCCGCAACAUCGGAGUGGAUGACUGAACGACCACGACCACGACACACACACACACACACACACACACACACACACACACACACACACACACACACACACACACACACACCAUUUGCCUUUCCAGAUCCCUUCAGAAACCUCGAGCUGAAUGUCAAACACUGAAUUUCCUAUACGUACAAAAAUAUCCAUUUCCUGUUUGUAUCACAACAUACAAAUAUAAAUGCUAACCCUUUUCUUUGAGUGCAGCUUAAAGGGAUGGUUUGAUAUUUGAAGUGGGUUGUAUCAGGUACUU